AUGAUUAUGAGCUCAUUAAUUAAGAAGAGCAUUYAUCUCAUUUCAGGAAGUGGUAUGAACCUAGAGGGGAUGAUGCCAACAGAACAGCAAGUGAAUCAGCCCAGGCYGUCGAAGAGAGCGCGCACCAGCUUCACCGCUGACCAAUUACAGGUGAUGCAGGCCCAGUUUGCCCAGGACAACAACCCGAAUGCCCAGACCCUGCAGAAGUUGGCAGAGCAGACAGGCCUGAGUAGGAGAGUCAUACAGGUUUGGUUCCAGAACUGCAGAGCACGCCAUAAGAAGCAUGUGAGCCCCAACCACUCCCUGCAGCCCGGCUGCCACUCCCAGCCCACCCCCCUGUCCUCCCUGCAGCCCGGCUGCCACUCCCAGCCCACCCCAGCCCCAGAAGAGCGGCAGUACACAGCCUACAGCACCCCAGAGGGAUCCAUGCUCACUGCUCUGCACUCCUACAUAGAUGUGCACAUCUCCUCAGUCUUAAAGCUGUUCCACGCCCCUGUGUCCCAUCACAUCCAUACCUCCCAGCCUGUGAGCACACGCCUGAGCCAAUAA